CAUUUGAGAUAAUAUUAAUACUAAAAGUUACAUGGACAGCGACAAAAAGACGAAAAAUUUUGAAAUCCUCGAAUGGGAUCCUUACCUCAAGCCCUUUGAAGACAACUUCCACCUCAGAUAUGGCAAGUAUCAGGAAUGGAAGAAUACCUUGACUGAUGAGAGCGGAGAUCUGGUCAAAUUUGCCAAGGAAAGUUACAAUAACUAUGGCAUAAAGAUAGAUGAGACUACACAGAAUAUCACCUUUUCAGAAUGGCUUCCAAAUGCCUCAGAGGUCUACAUCACUGGAGAUUUCAACUCUUGGAACACUACUGAGUGCCCUAUGGAUAAAGGAGACUUUGGAUGGUGGAAUAUCACCCUUGAAGGCUACCAAGGAGAGGAUGGCAAAGUACACCCAAAAAUUGAGCAUAAUACUAAAUUUAAGCUCUUCAUCAAAACUCCAGACAACUCUGAAGGAUUCUUUAGGAAUCCUGCUUGGUCUAAGGUUGCUCACCAAGAUGAGAAAGACCUCUUGUUUACCAAUGUGAUGUGGAAUCCUGCUGAAAAAUAUGAGUUCCAGCAUCCAAGACCUGAGAAGACCAAUGGGCUGAGGAUCUAUGAAUGCCACAUUGGUAUGUCCUCAUCAGAAGAGAAGAUCAACUCCUACAGAGAAUUCGCAGACGAUGUGAUUCCCAGAAUUGUAUAUGGUGGGUACAACUGUAUCCAAAUUAUGGCAAUCAUGGAACACGCCUAUUAUGGAUCGUUUGGAUACCAUGUCACCAAUUUCUUCGCAGUAUCCAGCAGAUUCGGAACUCCUGAAGACUUAAAGUAUCUAAUAGAUACUGCUCAUUCUCAUGGUCUACAGGUCUUAAUGGAUAUUGUUCAUUCACAUUGCUCCAAAAAUGUACUUGAUGGUAUUGCACAACAAGAUGGGACAGACUACCAGUACUUCCACUCUGGAGCUAAAGGAGAGCAUUCAGAUUGGGACUCUAAGAUAUUCAAUUAUGAUCAGUACGAGGUGCUCAGAUUCCUUCUUGCCAACAUAUACAUGUGGAUUGAAGAGUACAAGUUUGAUGGGUUCAGGUUCGAUGCAGUCACUUCUAUCCUCUACCACCAUCAUGGGAUUGGAGUCGGGUUCAGUGGAGAUUACCAUGAGUACUUCUCAAUGAGCACAGAUAUCGCUGGAGUUGCUUACCUCAUGCUAGCAAACGAUCUGGCCCAUUCCUUAAUUCCAAACGGCGUCACUAUUGCUGAGGAUGUAUCGGGGAUGCCCGGCCUCUGCAUCGAUAUUGAGCAAGGAGGCAUCGGCUUUGAUUACAGGCUAAAUAUGUCAUGCCCUGACACUUGGAUCAAGUACUUGAAAGAGUUCAAAGAUGAAGACUGGGACAUGAAGCAUCUUGCCCAUGUUCACACCAAUAGAAGAUACAAAGAAAAGACUAUUGGAUAUGCUGAGAGUCAUGAUCAAGCCCUUGUUGGAGACAAAACCCUUGCACAUCACUUAAUCGAUGAGGAGAUCUAUGAAGGCAUGGCCAAAGAUUACCACUCAGAAAAGGUCGACAGAGGGAUAGCUCUUCAUAAAAUGAUGAAGCUCUUCACAUUCGGGCUUGGAGGUGAAGCCUACCUCAACUUCAUGGGAAAUGAAUUUGGACAUCCUGAAUGGGUCGAUUUCCCUAGAGAAGGAAAUGGUUCAUCUUAUAAGUUCGCCAGAAGGCAAUGGAAUCUUGCUGAUGACGAUAACCUAAAGUUCAAAUUCUGGAGAGAUUUUGAUAGAGAUAUGAACUUAUUAGAGGAGAAGUAUCCAUUCCUCUACCUAUACAGCCACCAAUAUGUAACAUCAACCAAUUCAGAUGACAAAAUAGUUGUAUACGAGAGAGGAAACCUUAUUUUCAUCUUCAAUUUCCACUAUACAAAGAGCUUUGAAAACUACAAAAUAGGAACUUACUGGGACAGUGACCACAUCUGUGUGCUGGACACCGAUAGGGCAGAAUAUGGCGGCCAGAACAGACUUGAAUGGAACAAGACCAACUUCCUGCCCUUAUUCAAGGAGGCCUGGGAUGAUAGGCCAUAUAGCAUAAAUGUCUACAUUCCUUCUAGAACUGCCAUGGUCUUAUGCCCAAGACAAUUCCUAAAAGAAGACGCUUAA